CAAAUAUCUGCAAAAAAACAUUGGCAAGACAUUGAGGUGGAAGAAAGACUUUCAGGUGUAGACAUGUCUUAUAUUCCUCCACAUAAGAGACAUUCAAAGGAUCCAAACAGAUCUACCCCUGUUCCAGAUUCUCUCGUUACAAAAUUUAAGAACAAACUCGACUUCAAAAGUAGCAGUGAUAACAUCAACCGUGUUACAUGUUCAGAAAAUUUCAUUUCCAAAUGGCUUAUUGUUGGUUCAAAUGGGAUCGGGGAUAAGGUUCCUGCAUCUGUUGAUCUUGCUCCCUUUUCCUCGGAUUCUGCCGAAUGCAUAAAUGGAGAAAGGCCUUUGGUACUGAUGAACAACGACUUCAAUACUGAAGUGAGCGAGCAAGAAGAGAGAGCUCAAUGGCUGUUAAUAGCAGAGAAUGUGGAAGAGGAUCUUGUGUUGGCAUAUGAGCGAGCUAAAACUUCAAUGGAGGAGAAUCAACAUGUAUUGAGAUUGGUUGCUAGGUUUGGUAAAAUUCUCCUCUACAAGAGGAAACCUGGUCCUCUAGCUGAAUUCUCACAGAAAAAUUUGAAGAAGAAGUUCUCUACAGAUGUCCCAACUUCUAACUUGCAACACAUAAUGUCUAAUGUGGUACCAAACCAUGGAUUCUCUAUGGACUUGGAAAAGGAAACAUACACUGUGAAGGUAUAUCAUAAUACUCGACCCACUGAAACCAUCAACUGUAAGUGUACCAUUAAAGAAGAUGGACGGCUCAGUAUGUACAAGGCCGAGCUUAAUGUUGUAUGGCAUUUGGUUGUUGAUAUGUCAUGCAUUGAUAAGAGCAUGGACAUGAGGCUGAUGCUUGCUGCCAAAAGGAAAAUGACGGCUCUCACCGGGAAGGAGAUAAGUGACAUUAAAGAGCUACUAGACUCAGCAACUGUUGAUCCAAAUGUGAAAGGAGGUUUAAGAUGGCCGUUUGGUAAAGCUUCAUCUGGAGAUGGAUACAGAAUAUUUGAAGUGUGUCAUGUUAGAGCUACAAUCUACAAAAACCAGGCUCUAAGGCUUAGGGUUAGAGAAACUGAUAGAUUCAACGAGAGGACUGGAACAGGAGCAGUCAAGAGAGAGGUGACUCUGGUACUUAAAGACGUUAACACUAAGUUACAGGAGCAGAACAUUGAAAGGGGUUGUGUUUUGGAAAUGCUUCGAGAUGCUCUUGGAAUCAUAUGGGACUUUAUGCAUUGUGAUGCAUCUCUAACAAAGUAAAGAACCGUGUGAUAUUGCUAAUAGUACUAUUGGGUUUCCCUUUUACUUUCUCUUGAUUUUAUAGUCUCGGUCAGAUGAAAACUGAGACUAUAUAUAGACUUUGUGCAAUAAUAUGUUUGACUGAAUCA